UAAUUAUUGCAUACGUCUAUGUAACUUCAACUCUACAAUAUACCAUCAUAGCUUCAAACCACCAUUGAACACCUUACAAGCUACCCACAUCCUCACAAUCACCCCCGAAACCCCCACGAGAAGGGGAAAAGAAAGAAAAAACGAUGCGCACCACCCUCGUAACCGCGCUCCUAAGCGCCCUCUCCCUAACCUCCGCCUCCGCCACCUCCGGCUCUCCCCAGUCCCAGCAGCAAACAACCUUCACGCUCUGGAUCCCCUCCUCGCCCGCUCUCCCGAACCCGAACGCCCUGCCGCCCUCAACACACGCCACGCUCUCCUCGCUGCAGCAGACGUACACCGCACCUUUAUCCGCGGCCAACGCCUUCGCCUUCCGGAACGUGACGCCCGGGUCCUACCUCGCGGACGUGCACUGCGGGACGCACGCCUUCGCUCCCUUGCGCGUCGACGUGUUCGCGGGUAAAGCCGGAGGAGGAGAGAAGAAAGAGGCUUGGACGGGGCUCCUGGUACGGGCUUGGGAGACGUACCGCGGCAACGAUUGGGAUAACAAGGGCGCGGAGGCGCCGCGCAGCGGCGGCGAGUACGGAAGGUUCCCUGUCAGGGUGCUGGGGCCGAAGGAGUAUUAUAUUGAGAGGGGGUCUUUCUCCAUCUUCGGCAUCCUCAAGAACCCCAUGAUCCUCAUGGGCCUAGUCAGCAUGGUGUUGUUCCUCGGCGUGCCGAAGUUGAUCGAUAAUAUGGAUCCCGAGAUGCGCGCCGAGUUCGAGGAGCAGCAGAAGAACAACCCGAUGAACAGCUUGAUGGGCGGGGGCCAGCAAGCCGGCGCCAACCCCAUGGGCAACUUCGACAUGGCCGCGUUCCUAGCGGGACAGGGCAGCAAGAGCGAGGGCGAAUCGUCUAGUGGUGGCGGAAAGAAAGGUGGGAAGAGGUAGACCAUGAAACAAUAACUUAAAGAGUAUAGAAUACACAACCACCUCCAGGUUAUAGAAGAGCAUGAGAUAGACGAACAAUUGGUUCUAAUCCCUACCUUUCUGCUGACAAUCUCCGUACAAGACGGUCGUCAGAUUUACAAUAUUCACAUAAAUGACGAAGUAACAAAUGGAACUAUAUUGCACA